UGCCUUACGCGGCGUGUUCGCGGCCGCACGUGUCUUAUGUUGUGAUAGUGCAGUGAGUGAGUGCAGCCAUGGGUUGCGCCCGGGGGCUCUGCACCGCUGAGAAGAUCUUCAUAUUCAUAAACAUCGCAUUCGCAAUGUACGCUGGGGCGCUGCUGGCGACUGCUGCGAGGCUGGCGUGGGAUCCCAGCACAUACACGUGGUUUAGAUUCCUGUGCGCGGCUCAGUACCGGGUGUCCGCCGCGUACGUCCUGUUGGCAGGGCUUUGGCUCAUCGCACUGGUUUACAUCGCGGCUGCCGCGCGACGUGCCGCCUGCCUCCAUAUUUACGCGGGCGGUGUGGCGUGCCUCGCAGUGAGUGAGGUUGCGUACGGCGCUUGGAUGGCGGCAUCCCUUGCUGCGUGGUGGCGCAGCGCCCCACAAGCAGAGCUGGCGCGCCGCGCAAUGGACCUCGUGCACGAUCUUAAGCCUGCAUUGCUCGCUGUCGAACGGUACAGGGACAUCGCCAGACCAAUUUACGACAUUAUUGAGGAAGUGGAAAGAGAAGCGCCCAACAAUGUUGUCGUCAUCGUGAUAUUUGGUGUCGUCGGAAUGGUUUUGCAGAUAGCAGCAUUCGUGAUGGCGCGACGGCUGGCCACAAGACGCAGAAGUGGGGCGGAGGCGGCAGUGGGCGGGCACAGUGCGGCAAGCUGCAGCAGCGUGGAGAUGGAGAAGCGGCCGUGCGGUCCUGGUGCUAAUGAAGAUGACAGUGACGUAGAGCCUGCGCCCGCGCUGCACCCGCUGCCGCCCGGCUGCCGCAAGAAUGCCAACCUACGCAUGUACACUAUACUCGACAAGAUUUUCUAGCAGGACGAGAUGGAACCAGGUGUGACGGCGGGCACCAGCAGGGGGCGUGUGCAUCGCAGGGGGCGGAGACGUGGUGGGCGCGCGGACCCGGCGGCGGGCAUGACUCGCGACGCGCGCUGGGAUGCUGUGCACGCGCAGUUCCGCGCGUCACGCACCCCCCGCACACCCACUGCACCCACCGCACCCACUGCGCCCACCGCGCCCCCCGCGCCGCACGCUGCGCUCCUCAUACUCCGGACUGAACUUUAGCGUAAUCUUGCUCAAUAUUAUACAAGUGAUACUCAAAACUAAACAUCUCAAAAUGGACUUUAAUCUUCUACAUUUAAAGUCUAUUUUCCUAUAAUCAAUGAGCAACAUCCAAAAUGUUCUAUUUGGUUUUUUCUCUAAUUUAUAAAAGAGUAGCACUUCUAUAGUAUUGUGAAUAAAACGUUAUAAUAUUAAUAUCGUAUGAAAAAAAGCUUAGUAAUUGAGUACUGGUUGUAUUAAAGGGUGAUUCAAAAGACUUAGACGAACACUGCCACAAGCCCAAAGGAGUUCGGGUCUCGCGUCUUCCUAUCAAAAUGUUGUUGACCCCUCUGACUUAUGUUUUUUAUAACAUCAAAUGUACCAUAUUUACGAACAAAUCUUAAUCGAAACUUUUAACGAAUUAUUAGAAUUUCUCUGUCCGAUAAUCGAUUUUUAAAUUCAUCGAUUAUCGAUGUUUCAGCGAAAUUCUAUUAACUUUAGUUUUUAGAAUAUAAGACAAACCAUAUCAAAUAUAAAUAUCUACUUUUAGUUAUGUUAGUUUGCUUAAUGCGAACUAUUUACUACAUUAUUCCUAGUACAUUAGUUUUAUAUUUUUAUAUUAGUAAUGAAGUUAUAGAAAGUUUAGUAGGUUUGUUGAUGCGCACUAGGGAUGGUCGAUGGAAAAAUAUAAAUUAAUAUCGAUGUUGAUUUAUAACAAUUAUCGAUAGAAAGAAUCGAUAUUUUAAACUUCACUUUAACAGUAUUUUUUGUUAAUAAUUCUUUUGUUUGGUUUCAUAAAAAAAUGUUGGCUGUAAUAUAGACACAAUCAUGAUUGGUGAUAAUUUAGCAAAAAAAAAGUGUUCAUAAAAUCGAUUUAAAUCGAUAUCGAAUAUCGAUACAAUAACAUCGACAGCCAUCGAACAUCCCUACGGAUUGCAUCUGAUUGUUUAUGGUAAAAGUUGUUUACUGCAUGUAUAAUCUUUUUUCUUUAUCUUAAAAGAAUAAAUAACAGUUCUUAAAUAUAUUAAAAUACGGCACAGCCUUUUCGAAUACAGUUUAAUAGUAAGAUUUUUCAAUAUUAACAAUCUGCUCGCUAGAUGGCGUUGUUUCUAAAGCGCCAUCUUUAUAGGCAUAGCGGAAACGACGCCUACAAAAUUGUUAAAAUUUUAUACAAAUAUAAUAUACUAACUUUAGAUGAAAUAAAAUAUUCAUAAUAAAUUUUAAUAAAAUCUAGUUAGAAAAUGUUCACUAAAUUUUAAUCUGACUAAAACGUAUGUAAUUAAUUAUUAUAUAAACAAACUUUUUAUACUUUAUAAGAUUUAGUUAUAAAUCAUGUUUAUUUUAUAUAGCUUUCAAGAUGCCGUGAGUUUAAAAGUUCUAUUUAAAGCAGAUAAAAAAAUUUAAAGAUUAUUUUGCCGUCCACGCUAUUGAUUUUUCAUAUAAAUAGCCUUUAUCUUUGCAAAAUAUUUACUUUUCCAAUAACAUAAAAAUAUAUGGACCAAGCUUAUUUUUGGGGUAUACAAAAUUAGUAAAAAUAUUCACGUUUUUACGUAAAAUUGAAUUCAUAUUUUUCACUAACUCGCAAGUCUUGCCAUAACAAAUAAAUAAUGAACAAAUUUAAAUAUUACCUCGAAAAUUAGGAUGGUAACAUUUCCAUGAAAUGUUACUUUACUGAAAUAUUGUACAAUAUUUACACAUUCCAGAGAAUUAGCCUUAACAAAUACACAUUAUUUUAGUUUUAAAAGUAUUAACGGAGCCAACAAAUUCAUUAAUUCCAUUAUUCUGUGAUUUGCUUAGUAACAAAGAGAAUUAUUAGAAUACGUAAUAUAGAUAAUACAUUGAGUGUUGCCAGCCACGAUACCGUGACCUCUCAUAUUUCUGGUGCCAAAUAGCUUUAAGGAUAUAACGAGUUUUGUUGCCAUAAUUAAGGUUGUAUCUUGCAAUUAGGGACGCUUCAACACUGUCCACUAACUUAUUUUUUUUUAUAUUUUACAUUUUUAUUCUUAGUAAAACUUAAAAAAAACUGCAAAUUUCAAUAUUCAAUAACAAUAAAUAAAAUAAUCGUAUAUCGAAUAUCGAUAUAAUCGAAAAACACAGAUUAAUUUGUUCACAUCACUAGUUAUGUCACUAUGACAGCUGUCAAACGUCAAAUGUUUUUUUUUAAAUGUAUUGCAGCGUCUCUGAGAGCAGACGUUAAUAUUUAGACAAUAAGGUGCGUUCGGGAUGACCCGAGUAGACAAUAAGAGGUAAGCGAGGCGCACAUGCGUUGACACGUCACGUGUCACUAAGCAGUUAAGACUUUUGAAGCAAUAAAAUAAUAUUUUUA